UAGCAGUCGCUCGAAGCCGGUCGUUGGUCUUCGUGACGGUGCUGGAUAGACGUAGGUGGUGGUUCGUUGUCUCUGUGAGAGAAGAGCCGAAAUUGCGCGAGUGAUCGCGUCACGUUAAACGUAUUUGUAUACACGGUGCUCCGUUUUUCGGUGACAGCGACGAAAUGGCAGCGGUAUCGUGUCGAGCAAUACUCGUCGUGAGGUGGUGCGAGAUGAGUCGCAUGUUAACCGCCUCCUCCAGCUUGACCGCAACCAGAAGGUACAGAGAGGAAACGUGGUGCAGACGAUGGUGGCACAUCUCUCAGAGGAGCCUCUCCCUGUCAACCGGAUUUUAUUCGCCGAAGUUACAUCCCCUUCUGAUGAAGCAACUGAAAGAGCCUAAAGCCACGGAAAAACAAGCAAAGAGAACUGCGAGAACCACGUCGACGGCAGAAAACAUGCAGAUCGACAGCGGCGAAUCAUCCGGUUCGGAUGUCACCGUGGUAUAUCAUCAAGGACUUCCCAGGAUUACGGUACCUCUUCCCUCGAGAAGAGAACAUUGCUCGUUCACCAUGAAACCGAUAACACACACAGUCGGCAAUUUUUUAGACAUGUUGAAAGCGGAGGAUCGUGGUAUCGAUCGAGCAUGCAUAACAUCGCUAGAUGGCGUGAGGAUAGCUUCCAGUAACACAAUAGAAUCUCUUCUGGAGGAAGAAUUUAAAUUAAUAAUAAACGAUAACGAAUUUAUUGUCUCGCCGCCACUGCAAGAAAGGUGCACGACAGAAGAUCUGCGAAAGCUUGGAGAUGUACGAGCACUCAUCGGACAGUUGUACGAGGCGUUUCACGUGCGAGAAUACAACGUCGACAUGGAACGAUCAGUUAUCGCGGAGCUCGAAGAUAUCAGAUUACAACUGGUACCUAUGGAGCAGAAAUUACAAGAGAUACAAAAUGCCGCUUACAAGAGAGCAAAUUUCUUUAUCUGGACAUUUCUAGUCAUGAUGUCUGUCCAAUUCGGGGCAUUAGCCAGGCUAACUUGGUGGGAAUACUCGUGGGACAUAAUGGAGCCCGUCACUUACUUUGUCACUUACGGCACUACUAUGAUGUGGUUUAUUUAUUAUCUCGUUACCAGACAGGAAUAUAUGCUGCCGGACGUUCUGAACAGGCGUCACCUCAUAGUGCUUCACAGAAGAGCACGAAAAAUCGGUCUUAACAUCGACGAGUACAAUUUGUUGAAGGACCGAGCCUAUGAAUUAGAGACCACGCUGAAAAUUAUUCGCGGUCCUCUGUACGACUUUAAAACUCAAUUGGAGCAAAAACAACGCUCAAGAUCCAGUUCCAGUAGCUCAAGGUCACCGAGUUCCUCGCCUAGUCCCAGUCCUAGUCCUGAAAGAGAUGUUCCUAAAGUCACGUCGGAGAGCAACGUUCCGAAGAAGUAUAUCGAUGAAACGUAUAAAGUUUAGUUACGUUAUUCAACGUAGAAAAAUGCGACGAAGCUGAAUAAAAUCAACGAUUAUAUAUAGAUCGCUUAUGUCAACUUAUGAUCGCUCAUCUUCUUCCAACGAAGUAUUGGAUACACCAAAAAGAGACUUCCUUGGUAUGUGUGAAAACGAUGAACUCAGGGUAAUCUUCAAGUCUGCACAGUCUCGGUGCUGAACGAAUUGAAUUGCGACGCAAAGGAAACUAUAAUUUAUUUUUGUGUUUUGUGUGUGAGUUUACAUAAAUGAUAAAAAUCCGCAGUGAUAUCUCAGAUCUCGACGUAGUCUUCCACGUAGUAACGACGGCAACCGAUCUUCAUCACGCGCAUUUCACAGACAUCACAAAGUGUGACGAUAAUCCAAUGCUCAAUGCUGUCGAUAUUUGGAAGACGUUAGAGAAAGAUAUAGAAUGAGAAAGUACUAUGUAUUAGACAUCGUAAAUACCUUAACAACAGUUACUAGAUGAUUACUCUUCAAAACUGUUACGAUUUUAUAGAAGUAAUAUUCAAAGAGAGAGAUCUUAUAAAAAUAGCAAAAACAUUUAUUUGAAAUAUGAUGUACGAUCGUAUAUUUUUACAUAACGAGUUAUUUUCGAAAAUACAUGUGAUAAAACAAUUGUUAAGGGAUUUAUGAUAUAUAUAGUCAGUCAAAAUUUACAUACUUAUCUAAUAUGAUUUAUAUAUAUAUACACAUGUGAAUACUUCAUAUGUGUGUGUGUGUGUAUGUAUAUAUAUAUGUAUAUAUAAUUUUGACUAACUUUUUUUGCGCAUAUUAUUCUUGUUAAUAUAGUCGGAAAGUUAUCUACUUCUCAACUAAGUCAGCAAAUCAUUGCGAAUUACUGUUAUUACGUUGCCGGCCAACUUUAGUAUUUACUUUUGAUUGAUAUUUUAUAUUAUUGUUACAAUAUUUGUAAUGUCCAUAAUAUGUACGUAUACAUAUAGAAUAUGUCAGCUCAAUGCAGCACACAAUAUUAUAAGCACUAGUGCACAGUGGAAAAACUAUUCAUCACAAAUUUAUUUGCGUAUCUAAAUAAAUAACAUAAAGCAUCGUAAGAGGUAAAAAAGUUGAUACAGAAUAUAUGUGUGACUAUAUUCUGUGUUACAACUUAUUAAUUAGUUUUUAUAUAAUUGUCAAAUACUCUACUCUAUGUCAACUUUGGAUAUGUGACAGUCUUCAAUUUGCAGUUUGUAUCAAUGGUGCUGCAUUCAGUUGAAAAUUCGUUCUAAAUAAUAAAUAGCAACUUAGAAAGUAAUUAAUAUACCUAUAAUUGUUCUGUCACUAUCAUUUAAUAUCUCUCCGAAAAGUUCGACAAAACUCUACGAAAAUGUUAAUAAAAUCGUGUCAAGUGUAAAUUGUGUUUCUAAUUGUGUACAAUAAAGAUUAAAUCAUAUGUACAUAAAAAUGUAUGACGUACAAAGCAUCUUGUUUGAAAAUAGAGUGUAUUAUAAAGAUCUUGUAUAAACUAUUGAAACAAAAAUAUGAGUAUGAUUACAAGUUGCAAAUGAUAAAAUAAUAUACAGAGUAACAGCACAUUUAUUUCAGUUGUUACACGGUAGUUCUUUAAGAUAAAACGCAAGAUCUUAAUUCUGCAUAUUUUGAACAGUAUCGGUUUUGUCUUUAAUUGCGAAAAUCUUACACAUAGCUUGUGACGUAUUAUUACAUAAGUUGAAAGAAGAGUAAAAGUUAUUGAUACCAAAUGUUAAAUGUUAGGUCAUGCAUAAUAUUCGAAAUAGCGCUGCUGUUGGUUGUUCACAUAAAGUGAUAUGAUACAUCGACAUUCUAUAUAUUGACGUUGGUGUAAUUGUAUAUACACAAAUUUUUCAUAUAAACUCAACGAAACUAUCGUAAUAGAAAUAUAAUUAAACGCAUUUCAAUGACUGUCACACUCUUGUAAAUAUAUCAAUAUUUAUGUAAACAUCAUUAUCUAUUAUUAAUUUUACGUACAUAAUCAUUAACAUGGAUAAAAGUCCAUCCAAAAGUGCAUAUUUGCACUUACUCGCUCUCUUUCUCUCUUUCUCUCUUGUUUUACUUCACACAAUACCAAUGCAAAACUAAACGAUUUUUAAUGUCCCUUCUCGAGACACUCAUAAAAACUUUCUAGCUUGUAAUCAAACUCCUUGCGUUAUAUAGAAUAAUCGAUAUAUAUAGUCAGAAAAUUAAAACACUUUUACGACUAUCACUUUAGAGCGCAUUACUACUCUUAAAGCAGCACAAAAAAAUAUAAUGCCACUAUUAUUGUUAUGCUAUUCUAGAUCGUUCCCACAUACGCGAAAGUAUACUAAAUAAGAAUCUAUACGUAGAGAUCAUAAAUUCUUCCUAAACUUUUACGAAACUUCUCGCUUUCGUAAAAUUCUAUCCGUCCGCUAUAGAUAGUUUGUUGAAGCUAUAACCGGUCUUUUAUUUGUAAUUCAUUUGUAUUUCGUAAAUAUGUUAAAUAUUUAAAAGAGUUCUAUACGCUUAUUAUAUUUCAUGUUACCGUUACACAAUUCAUCUUCAUCAUGAUUUAUAUCCCCGCUAAGAUUUCAAGUACGCUUUUAUCUAACACAUAGAAACAAAUCGGGACAAAAUAGACUGUCAUAUAGAAUUAUAGAAAAUUUGGAACUGUGAGAGUAAUAAAGAUAAAAACUACAAUUUCCCAUAAGUUUAAAUAAAACAUGUUCACUGUUUAGUAAAGAUUUUAUUUUAUUUCUCGGAAAGAUAUUUUGGACAAAGAGUUUGAGAUACUCAUAUUUUUUUUAUAGAGCGGAUAGGAAGCAUAAUUGUCCAGAUUUUAGCAUAAACAAAAGUAUAUCGCUUUCUAAUUACUGCGCUGAUUAUCUUCCUCAAAUAUUUUGUAUUAUUCCUAGAAAGUAUGUCAUAUACAUAUAUAGAAUUUUUGUAAAUAUAAAUUAUAUAUACACAUAACAUAAAGCACACAUGUAAACACACAUGUAUAUUGCCUUAGUGCUUUUCCAUAAGCUUCAAUGCCUAAUUUUCAAUUGGUGCAUCAAUUAGAUGUAAUCAAAGUUAAGAUAUAUA